UUUCAGAUGCUGAGAAGUCUGUGCUCAAUAGCUGUUCGACUUGGCGGUGCAAGACAACCUCGAUUGCUGUCCAGCGCAGCUUCGGGCGAUGGAAAUGAUGGUAAAGGUGCAAAAGACGCGAUUGAUGAGGAUUUGCUGAAUGCGAUUGAAGGAGUAGCGAAUAAUAUUCACCCGCAGAAUGGCUCCGAAAAGAAAUCACUAAAAAAUACAUUGAUCAAUCGAUUAGUAGCAAACGAAAAAGCGAGUUUUGAUGCUGCCGCAGCUUCUGCAAGCAGUGAAAUGCUCGAUGAUCAGGCACUUAUCGGACUUCUUGCCGAUGUGGCGGGCGAUGCCAAAGUUGAGAAGAAGCUUCCUCCCAAAUCCGCUCAACUUCGACAAGAAAAACGAGGACUUGUUCUUCUCAGAAAAGAGAUUUUCUAUCAGGCAGUUCAAAGUGGCUUCACGACAGAAGAAGCUCGUGUCAAAUCAGAGACAAUUGUCAAUGAAGCACAGAUAAAGCUCCAAGAGCAGCGAAAAGCUCUUCUAAAUGAUGUUAGAGAAAAGGUGGAACAAGAAGAAGUUGAAGAGACGGAGAGAAGUGAGAAGGAUCAGAAGUUGUUCACGAUGGCCUUGGAAUUUAUGGAAAAGAUUUACAAGGAUGAUUUGAUUAGUAGUGCUGUUCGUAAACCUGUGAAAGUUGACAAUGAUGCUAUUAAAUUGUUCAAUCAGAAGCCUCUAGGAAUCUGGAAAAAGGGCGAAAAAUAUGAAGAUUUUUCCCUUGGCUUCUGGAAACAAUGGGAUGAAAGAGCUGCAAGAAUUUCCAACGGCUCAUUCGGACCAACAAAUUCUUUCGAAGAACAAAUCGAAUGGACAACAAAAGGAAAACAAUGGGAAUAUCCAAUCGAUAAUGAGUUCAAAAUGGGCGAUGAAUCGAAUGUUUCAUUCAUUGAUCACGUAUUCUUGGAGAGACAUUUACCAUCAUUGGGUAUCCCGAAAUCUGGUCCAAUUGCUCAUUUUAUGCAUUUGGUUUGUGUUGGUUUAUCCAAGAAUCCAUAUAUGACAGCAGCGAAGAAGCGGGAACAUUUGAAGUGGUUCGCUGAUUAUUUCAAUACGGAAAAACAGAAAUUGGUUCACAAACUUCACGAACAGGAACAGAUUGCUGCUCAGAAUGCUCUUUAAUUUUAAUUUUUUUUUAAAUUUUUGUUUGAAGGUGGAGUACCGAAAUUUAACCCGAAUUUCGCAAUGAGAUGUUCUGAAAAUUUCUCAAAAAAAAAAUUUAGGGUGGUUCAAAAAAUUUCGAUGUUUUUCAGAGAAAAGCGAUUUUUUGAGAAAAUUUUGAAAAAUUCGAUUUUGUUUUUCUGAGAAAAUGUAAUAAAUUCCGAUUUUUUUCGGAGAAAAUUUUUAAAAAAUUCGAUUUUUCCGGGAAAGUAAAAACAAAUUUCAAUUUUUUUUUCAUAGAAAAUCUGAGAAUUUUUGAUUUUUUCAAAGAAAAUCAGAAUUUUUGAUUUAUUUUUCAGAAAAAAACCGAAACAAAAAUCAAUAUGCGGAAUUAAUUUUUAAUUUUAUUUCCUUUUAAUGCAUAUUUUAGUAAUAUAUUACGCGUUUACUCGUUGAGAGCGCACAAAAUUAUAUAAAAUUUGUGCACCCAUCAAUUGAAAAUGUAUCUAAAUUAAUUAAACUAUGUAUUAAAAGGUGUUAAUUAAAUAAACAACAAGUUCCGAAAGUUUUUAGGCUUUUCGGUGUAGAAAAUUAGUUGAAAAAUCGAAUAUUAGAUAAUUAAAAUACAAUUUACCAAGAAAAACGACUCUUGAUAAACAAUAAAUUUGGAAAAAAAUCGAAUUUAGAUUAAAAACCAAAAAAAAAACCUUAAAUUGAUUUUUUUGCUGAAAAUACGAAUUUUUCCAUAACUUUGAACUGCGAAAACCUUUUUUUGAGAAAUUUUCGGAACUUUUCAUUAUAAAAUUCGAAAGUUUUGGGACAUUUUGAAUCUGAUUUCGGUACUCUAUCUUUUAAUAGUGAAUAGGAUUUUUCUUCUUCUUUUUUUGUUUUGUUUUUUAUUUCUUUAGGAUUCACUUUUAAUUGUUAUUUAUCUCUUUAUCAUUUUCUGUUUUUCAUUGUGUACCCCCAGAGUUUUUUUUCCAACAAAAUUUAUCCAAAAUAUUUGUUUCUUGAAAUUUGUUGAACA